UCUUCUUCAAAAGGCCUAACUCCCGGAAAAAAAAUGUUAAGUUCUUCGGUUUCUCGCUCAUGAACACUUUCAUAUUGCUAUAGGUUGUAGACACUCCCAAUGUAGCCUUGUGCGGAGGAUAGGCCUACGUAGAACCUGGUUACCAGAGAGCCAAUCAGAUGGCUGCAAAAUGUUUAAAGGACCAUUAUGUACAAGCCAAGGGCAUCGUAAGUCUACGCUACAAGGCAUUCGUCGUCAGUCCUGUUAGGUAACUCAAGGAUGUAGUUCAGAUUUUCAGCACUUUUUUCCUUUAAAGCGGGGACUGGAAUAGAUUCGGGACCGAAGUGGUUUGGACUAUAUUGUUCUCCUCUCUUGAUGCGCGCAGCUGUGAGGUAUCCUUCAUCCACUUGUUGCUUGAGCCCCGUAUCCAACAACUGUUCAUCUAAGGUUUACCCAACUCUUCCGUCAAUUUGGGUAGGCUGAAAGUAUUCAAAAAAGAAUUGUCCUUUAUGGAAAUUAUAUAGGUUUUUCGUUUAAAAAAAAUUCAAUCAAUUCAACAAAAACAACUGUUAAAGUUUUAUAAAUAACGGAUAAAAUAGCCUGGAUAUUGAAUGUCUUUGUCGCUGGGGAGAUUCGUCUGAGAUUACUUUUUAUCAUUGUAGUCAUUCAAGUAGGCUAUUCGUAUUUUUUUAGAUUAGAGUGAGUGAAGAAUCGAAGCUGUUUUCUGCAAGAUGCCCGUGUUGAUGAGUCCGGAUAUUGCCACGAAGUUUAAAGAAAAAUGGAUGCUGCUCCAUCCAGAGGACAGAGACAACAUCAACGGUGCGGUGACACUGGACGAUAGCCUGACUAGUUUGCACUGGCUUCAAAAUUUUUCUAUCCUGAGCGCAAACCCAGAGAAAGGUCCCAGCUCCGGCUGUCACCCGGCUCACAUCUACUACAACAAACACCUACCUCUGUGGGGCACGGACUCUCCCUCCAGUCCUCCCGCCGGAGACACCGCGGCUACAGGGAUGCCGCAAACUCCCGGAACCUCUUGCAGCCACUCAGCCACCACAAACAGUUACUCCCCUCCACAAGUAGGACCUUAUUCCCAUAACCACAUAACGGCUCACAUGAACCCGCCGGAGGAGAUCGACUACAAGACGAACCGUCAUGUAAAACCUCCGUACUCCUACGCAACACUCAUCUGCAUGUCGAUGCAAGCCAGCAAGAAGAUCAAAAUUACCCUCUCUGAAAUCUACAGUUGGAUCACGGAGAAUUUCUGUUAUUACCGACACGCAGAACCCAGUUGGCAGAAUUCCAUUCGCCACAACUUGUCCUUGAACAAGUGUUUCAUGAAGGUCCCGCGGCAGAAGGACGAGCCGGGGAAAGGAGGCUUCUGGCAGAUCGACCCCCAGUAUGCCGACAUGUUCGUCAACGGCGUCUUCAAGCGGCGGCGAAUGCCCGCCACAAACUUCAACCCCCAGAGGAAGCUCCAGUCUUCCUUAGCACCCUCCUCCUGUUGUCAGGCUGGCCAGACCAACCCGCACCUUGGCAUGGCUUUCUACCAGGGGACUGGCAUGGGCCACAAACGCAAACAGGUGCUGCCCAAGCGCGGCGGAAAGCUGGCACGGGUGCCCAAGUCACCGCUGCUGGCCUCCGAAGCCAAGGGCGCAGAUGUGCUCCGUGGGGACUUCGACCUGGCCUCGGUGUUCGAUGAUGUCCUCAGCGGCAAUGGAAGCACGUUUGAGGACCUGGACAUCAACACGGCACUGAGCUCGCUGGCCUGUGAGAUGGAGCUGUCGCCCCAGGGGCAGCACACGGUGGCCCGGGGGAAGUGGUACGGCAGCGAGGACGAGCAGGCAUGCGCCUACCUGGAGGCCAGCAGCAUGAUAGGAGACUUCCAGCAUCAGCAUCAACAGCAGCAGCAACUACAGCAGCAGCAGCAGCAGCUGCAGCAUCAGCAGCAUCUACAGUCCCAUCCACUCUACUACGAGGGCAUGACUCUGUUCUCAGAUCAGCAACAGAUGCACCCGUGGGAGGAGAUCAAGGAGGAGCCUCAGCCUGUCUCACUGUGCCUGGAUCAGGGCUUUGGUUUCUCCGAGGGCUUCUUGUCAGAGAUGCAGCUGUGGGAGAGAGCGGAGUCAUAUAUGUAGCCCUGCAUUCCCUAAAUAGGUCAUGUGACAGGAAGUCAGUUGUCCGAAUCAUAUCUCACCUCAUCAGACAUGCAUUGUCUUUGCUGGUCUGAAGACCUACAGACUUUUGUUUUGCUACAUUAGCAUAAUUAUUCUUCAUAAAUAUAUGUAAUGAAAAAAAUUGUCAUUUUGAUUCUGUUUUUUUUUUACUUUUUCCAUUUUUUUUUACUCAAUCUAUGCUGUAUGUUUUGUGCUCUUUUUUUAUGCUCGUUCAAUAGGUUAAAUGAGCUGUAGAUCAAUGUAGGUGAAGGACGAUUAUUACAGAAAAUUACUUAGAAAUGAGGCAAAUUUCUUUAUCCAUUAAUCAAUUUUAAUAUAUAUAUUCACUUGAGUUCAUUAUGAAUCGUGGGGUCUGUCACGCUUUUGAAAUCAUACAACAGAACAAAAGGGAAGGAGGAGGCUGCCAUAGACAAGCCAUAAGGGAGCCAUGCACAAGCACUUUGUCACAGAAUUGGGGUGUGACUGCAGUAUGAAGAGAAAACCUCCUAUUUAUUUUUUGACUCAAAAAACAAAUUGAUCGAGGCAUGAUGAAAGGAAGUGGUCUUUUUAAAAAAAAUUCUAUAUCUCAAUUUUGGAUGAUCUAUAAAAGUCAAUGACGAAGACUGUUAUAAAAUAUAAAUGGAAUGGAACAUUUAAAGACAGUGGUUCAGAUUGUGAUGUUAUUGUACUUGAAUGAAAUGAUCAACAUUAUAACUGAAGGUCUAUGUUGAGAACACUUUUCAUUGUCAUAUAAUUUCCAAUUCCAUGCAAUGUUAUUGAUUGCGGACAUACUGCAGUGCCUUUGCAUAAUCACAUUUGGUGCCAGUCAAUGUUUUUGAUAUCAGUCAUGUAUAGGAGACACUCUUGACAUCUCUGCAGUAAGUGAUUGAUUUUAAGUGCAGUUUUCUUCCUGUUCUACUUGCUUUGGUAAACAGUCAGUAUGCAAAUUAUGAAAGAUAUUCUUCAAAUCUGUCUUCUUGCUUCUAACCAGCCAAACAUGCAACAUUUGGAGGGUCAUGGUGUUGAGGUUAUAAUGCCUAUGUUUGUUAGAAAAUGGUGGUUUGGUCUGAACAUUUUUAUAUUGAUAUGCUGAAGAAUGGCAUGAAAUGAUUUAGUGUAUGGGGAAAUUUUGCAAAAAAAAAUGUAAUGAUGCUUCAGUUACAGUGUAAUUAUCUGUGCAAUAAAUCCUUUGUGAACACAUCAUCACUGUGCUUACCUGUUCACCAACACGAACAGGGCUUCAGGCUCAGAUCAAUUCUGUAAUAACAGAUAUUUUGCAAGUAAAUACUAGAGAUCAACAUAUGCUUGCAGUACUUAUUAAACUGCAUUUACACAAUUAAAUAUAUUAACUUUUAACCUCAUCCUUAAGACUUUGCUGACAUGGCUUAGGCUUCAUAGCUGCCUGCGCUAUCUCAUCAUGUCAUUGAAAAAGUUUUCUGAAGUUGUUUGAUUGUCACUCAAUGCAAUGAAUAAAGUGGGUUAAGACACACA